GCAAUCGCCGAAAAGGUACGGCGCGAUGCCGUUGGCGGAAGAUAGCGGAAGGGCGGAUCGUAAUACCUGCGAUCAGGUAUAUACGAUCCAAGCGUGAAAGCCACUGCACUGCGUCUGAGCUGCUGGGACGAGGGCGUAAGUCCCUCUCAGUACCGAAUAUGUACGAUGAUUUGACGGGGAAUUAUUUACGGGAGCCGGCAGUAUUCAUUAUGCCUCCCUAACGGGUGUCCCAGUCAAUCUUAAGGAACUGCUGCUGCACCGAUGGAAUCUGACCUUUCAGACCGGCUUGCACCAAGAUCCUCAGUUGGACUGCGAAGCACGCGGCGAACCGCCGGACGAUCUCGAGUGCGAACGUUACGCUCCGUACAAUCUUAUUUUUUCUUGCAGUGCGCCGCUUUGGAGCACAAAUAUCUGCAUUGCCAAGAGCUCGGUUUGGUUGAUUGUCGCGUCACACUGUUUCACUUAACCUUGGAUGAGGAUACAGUACUGAGCAACAAUCCCGAACGGUCGCACUUAACGUUCGACGAGGAUAAAGAAGUGAGCAAUGCCGAGCUCGGACACUGCAAGGUGGAAAUUGUGAUCAAUAUGGUAUGCGGUCGUAUUAAUUUGGCGGGAGGUCAUUUCGACUGUGCAUUAUGGGAGUUGAUGGACAGUUCGUUACCGGCUCCCGAUAGGCGACAAAAGAAACUGGUAACGCGCUGGAUUAAGUGGCUUACUGAAAAUCAGGAUUCCGAACGAAAGAAAGCUGUUUUACAAAUGACCCUCAAGAUACUUUGCGAAGUGCACACUUGUGAUCCCCGCAAGACGUUGCAGUAUCGUGGGAAAAUGUGGUGCAAGGAGGGUAGGUACAAAGUGCUGGCACAUGCUCCGGACGCCCAGUUGUGUUUUGCACACCAGAAGAACAGUAUGUACGUCGACUGGUCAGUUGACCAGAUGAUGGAAGCAUCGUAGCCUGCACGUGAAAAUGAAGAUCGCUGUUGCAGUUAUUUUUUGUUUCUUCAUAUUCCUUAAAUGAUGAUUUCCGGAACUUGAAAUGAACUAUUUUCGAUUGGCUAUAGCCCAGUAUUUUAACUGUUGACACUGCGUUG